AUGAACCCAGGCGGUGCAGUCUCUCCUUUUCUUUCGAGAUUUCCUUCACUGGGUGACCUCUGUACCUUUUACCCCUACGGCUUGGGAUACGAAUGUCUCCCAGAUGGUCAACUUGUGUUCAGACUACUCCCUUCACUAAUGAUCCGAGGGCCGCCCUCUUCUGCUUACCUCCGGUCACAGUGUCAGUAUUCUCGCCACUGUGUAGAGCUGGGACCAGACGAUCCUGAUCGGACAACGCCGGAGAGGCCGGCUUUUGUUGCGGAUGGGGGGCAGGGUGUCGUGGGGCCCGUCAGCGUUCAACCUUCCGCUCCUCAAUGCACCGCUCCGACAUUCCUUACCCAGGAAGAUUACACUCCGGAUUACGAGCAUAGGUAUUGGUGUGACGAAUUUUGGCUUGGCGAGCCCGCGUAUCAAGACUGCCUUAGAGCCCUAGAUGAAUUUGACAUUCUCGAAGACGAUGAAGAUGAGUCUAGCACUGCCGCUUUUCUGGCCAUCGGCGAAAGGGCAAGUUACAUAGCGCUGUAUGGAGAAGACCCGCUUGGGCAAGAGGGAAUAUAUCAACUUCCCGUAGUGAAAACAAAUGGAUCUUGCUCCAUUGCUGUAGCACGAACGAUAUACACUAGGCAUUUAUUCCAUUCGGAAUACUGGUCGGUGUUGCAGGGAAAUGCAAAUGGUAUGGUAGAACUCUGCGUCAAGACGCAAGGGAUUGGAGGAUGGCACGAAACGAGCUCCGUUGGUUGCACACGUUUAUCAUAA